CUUUGUCAAUCCAAACUACAACAACAGGCACAACGACAGCAACACCACAAACUUCCACAGCAAUUGAAACAACUACCGGUACCCAAAGUAGUACAAUUGCUGAAACAAUAACAGCAGAAACAUCAACAACGAUAGAAAUAACUUCCUCUACCCAAAGUAGUACAAAAGCUGGAACAACAACACCAGAAACUUCCAUAACAAUUGAAACAACUACCACUACCCAAACUACAAAUGCUGCUGAAACAAUAACAACACCUCAAAUUUCCACAAUAAUAGAAACAACUAUGGGUUCCCAAAGUAGUACAAUAACUGAUGCAGCAACAACAACACCACAAACUUCCACGACAAUUGAAACAACUACAGCUACCCAAACUACAACUUCUGCUGAAACAACAAAACCUGAAACUUCCACAAGCACAGAAAAAACAAUACCUAUCAAAAGCACCACAACAGCUGUAACAACAACAAAACCACAAACUUCCCAAACGAUUGAAACACCUACUGGUACGCAAAGUAGUACAAUAGCUGAAACAACAAUAGCACCACAAACAUCCACAAGAAUUGAAACAACUACUGGUACCCAAAGUAAAACUGCUGCUGAAACAAGCACAACAACUCAACUAUUCACAACAAUAGAAUCAACUAUGGGUACCCUAAGUAGUACAAUAGGUGAGACAACAACACCCGAAACAUCAGCAACAAUAGAAACAGCUACAGCUACCCAAACUACAACUGCUGCUGAACCAACAACACUACAUCAAAUUUCCACAACAAUAGAAACAACUACGGGUACCCCAAGUUCAGCAAUAGCUGAAACAACAACAAUUGAAGUAACUACCACUACCAAAAGCAGUACCAAAGCUGAAUCAACAACAACACCUCAAACUGCCACAAUGAUAGAAACAAAUACUGGUACCCAAAGUAGUGCAAUAGCUGAAACAACACCAGAAACUUCCACAAUAAUUGAAACAACUACAGCAACCCAUACUACAACUGCUGCUGAAACAAUGACAAUAUCUCAAAUUUCCACAACAAUAGAAACAUCCAAAACUGCCCAAACAUCAACUUCUGCUGAAACAACAAAACCGGAAACUUCCACAAGCAGAGAAGCAACUAUUGCAAUCCAAAGUACAACAAAUGCCGAAACAAAAGCAACACCACAACCUUCCACAUCAAUCGAGACUACUAACGGUACCCCAAGUAGUACAAUUGCUGAAACAACAACACCUCAAACUUUCACACCAAUAGAAACAAGUAUGGCUACCCAAACUUCAACUGCUGCUGAAACAACCACAAAACCUCAAACUUCCACGACAUUAGAAACAACUACGGGUACUGCAAGUAGUACAAUAGCUGAAACAACAAUAAAUCCGCAAACUUCCAUUACAAUAGAAACAACUACUGGUACCCAAAGAAGUACAAUAGCUGAAACACCAACACCAGAAACAUCUACAACAAUAGAAAUUAUUACAGUUAUUCAAAGUAGCACAAAAGCUGAUACAACAACAACACCUCAAACUCCCACAACAAUAGGAACAACUGCGGGUACCUCAAGUAGUACAAACUCGGAAACAACAAUAACAUCACAAACUUCCACAGCAAUUGAAACAACUAACGCUGCACAAACUAUACCUGCUGCUGAAACAUCCCAAACACACCAAAUUUCCACAACAAAAGAAACAAGUACAGCUGCCCAAAUUUCAACCUCUGGUGAAACAAGAAAACCUGAAUCUUCCACAACCACAGAAAAAGCUAUGGCUAUCAUAAGCACUGCUACAACAGAAGUUACUCCAGGAAUGGUGUCAGAAAGUAGCACAACACAACAAACCCCCUUAACUGCUAAAAUAGUAAGUAUCUCAAAUACAGAAUCAUUUAAGCCUUUUACAACAGAAAAUGCUACCACAACAGAAGUAACUGCAAUAGUAGAAGGUAGCACAGUAGUAGUAACAACCACAAUUACAAUUGAAAGUAGCUCAGUUCCAAAAACACAUAUAACUACACCAGGAGAAAGCCUAACAACCCAUGAACCUACAGCUGUUGUUGCAGAAAGCAUAACAACUGAGAAGACAACAUCAACUGAAGGAACUUUUCUAUCUGAAACACACACAGCUACUACAGUAGAUCCCACCAUUACUGUAGGAAGUACAGAAAGUUUAACAACAACAGCAGUGGCAGCAAUUUCAACAGAAAGUGCAACAGUGAUAUCUGGAUCUACUACAACUGAAAAUGGGCCAUCAAUCAAUACACUAAUAACCACCAUUACAGCAGAAAAUGCCACCAAAGCAACAGCAGACACUAAAUCUUCAAUAGAUAGUUCAGCACCUGUGCAGUCAUUGAGAACUUCACAAGUAUCAUCAUUUUUAACUGCUUCUUCAAAUCAAUCAUCUUUUUCUUCCUCCAGUUUAUCUACAAUGUCUACAGUUCAAACUGUUUCAUCUCAAGCAGGUUUUUCUUCUUCAGAUUCUGCCACAGUUUCUACACAAUCAGCCAUUUUUCAAAGUUCUCAUUCUUCCUCAAAUUCAACUUCUACACAUUCCUCUGCUUCUCUAAAUUCUUCUACAUCAAAUUCAUCUGCAAUUUCUACACGAUCAACCAUAUCUCCAAGUUCUUCCUUUUCUCCAAAUUCUUCUUCAAUUUCUGCACAGUCAUCUGCUUCUCCAAGUUCUUCUACAACAAAUUCAUCUAUAGUUUCUUCACAAUCAACUACUCCA